AUGACGAAAGUCUCACCUAUCACAGUUCAAAUGGUUGCCUCCGCAUUCCUAAAUGCUCCCGAGUUGAGGCGCCUUUCCACAAUAUUUGGGUCAUAUUUAAUCUUGGCUAAAAAUGUUCUCUUUCAAUUAAAAACCUCGGUGAAUGGCCAGCUUCUUAUCUCAAUGUGGGCUUUGUCUCAUCUCACUUGUAACAGUGGAGCAUUCCUUUUCCUCAUAACCAAAGAUUCUAUUUGGUACUAUGUGGGAUUGUCUGGUGCAUUCAUUACCUAUUUUAUAAUGGUUUUGCGCCAUUUUUAUGUCUUGAUUAAUGGCUUUCGCCAGGAAAUGGAAGGCACUCCUCUACUGUGGGUCAUCAACUCAGAAAACUCUACCUUGAUAUCGAUGGUGACAAUCAACUUGUUGUCUACUGCCAGGAUUUCUAGAAUAUGCUCAUUUUUCAUAUACUCUAUGUUGAACUUGACCAAUUUUUUUGUGCAGAGAUUGGGAAGCCAAUCCUGGAACAAGGUGUUGUUGCCAAUUAUUUUUCAAAUCGAGCCGAGCUUGUUGGCCAUAGCUGUUUAUUCUGAUCUAUGCGCUCUCUUUGCAUACGCCUACGAUUUUUGUGUGGGAAGAGGCUCUUUGACAUCAUUUGUGUUUUUUGGUUUGCUUCUAUUAAAACGACUAGAUCAGUCCGCAGUGGCUAGAUCAUGUCAUCAUAGCAUUGUCCACCGACUUGUAUACUUAACAUCUCACCUUAACCAGGUGAAGUCCUUGCAUCGAGCACUUCUUCUCGUCGAAAGUUCAUCCUCUGUUCUCCUCCGCAAUGCUUCAACAGGCUCCAGUCGGCAAGAUUAUGAGUCUGAAUACACGAAGAGCAGAAUAGCACUGUCAGUAUUCAUACCUGUGGAGGUGAUUAAGGACAUCUGA